AACAACACAAACAACAACCACAACAAAACUUAUAGCAACCACUAGAGAACCAGCAAUCACAACAAAACCAACGACUGUAACAGAACCAACCACCGCAUCAAAACAAACAACUACAAGCAUGCCAACGACUACAUUUGAAUCAACAACAACCACAUUAGAACCAACGACCACACCGAAAACUACAACCACAACAAAAACUACAACCACCACAAAACCAACUGCUACAACUGAAACAACUCCAAUAGAAACAACAGCUACUACAAAACCAACAAGAACUACAACUAAGCGAUCAACAACCACUACAAGACCAAUAACUACACAAGAACCAACAUUCAUGACAGCACCAAAAACAGCCACAACAGAAACAACAACCACUACACGACCAACAACUAUUACAAAACAAACAACCACAACGAAACCAAAAUUGACAACAGAGCAAAGAACCACAGCAGAAAUAUCAACAACCACGAUAGAAGCAGCAACCCUAACACAACCAACAGCAGCCACACCAAAGCCAACAACAACAACAACAGAACCAUCAAUUACAACACAACCAACCACAACCACAAAGAAACCAACAGCCACAACCGAACCAACAACAACCUCUGCAGAAUCAACAACAACCACAAUAGAACUAACAACAAUCACAGCAAAACAAGCACCAACCACAAGAGUAUCAUCAGUCGCAACAAAACCAACAACCUCAAAGGAACCAGCAACCACUACAGAGCUACCGUUCGCUACAGAGGCAACAACCACUACAGGCCUAACAAGAACUAUAAUAGGACAAACAAGAAUCACAGCAGAAGGAACAACCACCUCAAAACCAACAGCAACAACAACAACAAAAGCAACAAAAAAUGCAACAGAGCAAAUAACCACAACAAAAGAAACAACUACAACAAAACCAACGGCAAUCACAACUGAACCAACAACUAUAACAGAACCAGCAGCCGUAUCAAAUCGAACAACAGCCACAGAAUUAUCAACCAAAGGAGAACCAACAACAACAAAAGAAUUUACAACAAUCACAACAAAACCAGCAACAACAGAACAAACCACCAUACUAGAACCAACAAGAAGCACAACAGAACCAACAAGCACUGCAAAAUUAACAACCACAACGGAACCAAUAGCCACAACAGAAACAACAACUACAACAGAAACAGCAAGUAUAACAGAAGCAGCAACAAACGAAGCAACAACCAAAACACAACCAACAACAAUCACAACAGAAAAGAUUUUAAUAACAAAACAGGCAAAAACCACAACAGAUUCAACAACCACAACGAAUCCAACGACGACAAUGGAACAAAUAACAAACACAACAAAGUCAACACCAACAAUGAAACAAACACCUACAUCAGCGCCAACAACAACAACGGAACCAAAGACACCCACAGAACCAACAAUUACAACAGAACCAACAACCAUAGCAGAGCCAACAACCUCAACAGAACCGAUAGCAACAACAGAAACAACACCCACAACAGAAUCAGCUGCCACAACAAAACCAACAGCAACAACAAAAACAGCAACUAGAACAAAACCAACAACCACUACAGAAGCAACACCCGCAACACAACCAACAACUACAACUAAAACAACAACAGCGACUACAGAAUCAGUAAGCACAAUACAACCGACAACCACAAAAAAACCAUCAACCACAAUAAGACCAACAACUACAACAAAAACAAAAAUGUCAACAAGACCAAGAACCACUACAGAGCCAACAUUUGCAACAGAACCAACAACCACAGCAGAACCAGCAACAACCACAACGGAACCAACAGCAACCGGAACAGAAAGAACAGCCAUGUCAUAUCCAAAAGCCACAAAACCAACAACAAUAAGUGGACCAACAACCACACCGAAACCAACAACCGCAACGAAACAAAGAUCAACUACGACAGAGCAAGCACCUACAAGAGAACCCACAAUCACAGAACAAUCAAUAACAACACCGAAAUCAAAAACUACAACAGCUAAAACAGAGCAAACAACCACAACAGAACCAAUGACAAUAGCAAAACCAGCUACAACAGAACCAACAACAACUACAGAGCAAACAUCACAAACAACAGAGCCCACAACAGCACAAAAACCAACAGCCACAGCAACACCAACGACCAUAACAAACCCAACAACCAAUACAAAGUUCACAACCACAACAGAGCCAAUAAUCACAACAGAACUAGCAACCACAACAGAAACCACAACAAAACCAAGUACCGCAGCGAAACUAACACCCACAACAGAAGCAACAACCACAACAAAGGACGCAACCAUAACAGAACAAAUAACCACAACAGAACCAACAACUGCCAGAGAACCCACAACCACAACAGAACCAACAGCCUCAGAAAAAUCACUAUCCACAACAGAGCCAACAGCCAUAACUAAACUAACAACUACAACAAAAUCAACAGUCACAGCAGAACCAACAAGCGCAGCAAAAGCAACAACCUCUACCGAACACACAACCACAACUAAACCAAAAACUACAAGAGAACAAACAACCACAUCAGAAGUAACAGCAACAACAGAACCAAUCGCCACAGCGAAUGAUACAGCCACAGCAAAACCAACAACCACAGCACUACCAACAACCACAACAAAACCAACAACAAUCUCAGAACCCACAAGGACAACGGAACCUAAGGCAGGAGAAGAAACAACCACAACAAGACCAACAACAGCUAGAAAAACAGCAAGAACUACAGCAAAACCAACAACUACAAAAGCACCAACAACGACAAGAGAUUCAACAGUUACAGCAGCAUCAAUGAAUAUAACAAAGCCAACUAUAACUACAGAGGCGACGAGCACAAAAGAGCCAAAAACCAUUACGGAAUCCAGAGCCGCAACAGAACCAACAAUCACAACAACCACAACAGAACCAGCAACCACAACACAACCAAUACCCACUACAGAACAAACACCCACAACAGCACAAACAGAAACAACAGAACCAGCAACAACUACAAAACAAAGAAUCACAACAGAACCAAUACCCACAACAGAACAAACAACAACAACGGGACCAGCAACCACAACAGAACCAAAAUCACAACGGAACAAACAACCACAACGGAACCAGCAACCACAACAGAACCAGCAACAACUACAGAACAGAGAAUCACAACUGAACCAAUACCCACAACAGAACAAACAACCACAACAGAACAAGCAACCACUACAGAACCAAUACCCACAACAGAACAAACAAUCACAACAGAACCAAUACCCACAAUAG